CCGCCUCCCCCGGGGGUGCCGCUCCUCCCCUCGCCGUCUCUCAGAGGCCAGGUGGCGGCGAAGGGCGCGGGAGGCGAGGGGAGCGCUGCUGGCGGGGACCGCAGAGCUUACACAGACCUUUCCCAGGAUGGCUUCCUCAACUGAAUAUGGGUCUCACACCUGGGACCUCUUGCUGAGAGUUGAUCAUCAAUAUGAAGAUGCAGAAAAGGAAUUCCCACUACAGGUCACGGGGGACCUUCAUGUUGGAGGACUGAUGCUGAAAUUAGUAGAAAAAAUCAAAAUAGCACAAGACUGGUCAGACUAUGCUUUUUGGUGGGAGCAAAAAAAAUGUUGGCUUCUGAAAACCCACUGGACGCUGGAUAAAUACGGGGUGCAGGCAGAUGCUAAGCUGGUCUUUACUACUCAGCACAAAAUGCUGAGGCUUCGCUUGCCAAACAUGAAGACUGUGAGACUGAAAGUCAGCUUCUCUUCCAUGGUGUUCAGAGCUGUCAGUGACAUCUGCAAAAUGCUCAAUAUCAGACGGCCAGAAGAACUCUCUUUGUUGAAGCAAUCAGAAGGCACACUCAAAAAGAAAAAGAAAAAAGACAAGAACAGCAAAGAACCAGCUACAGAAGAUAUCUUAAACCUGUGCAACUCUCCAGUGAGUUCUGGAUUACCAGCCAAUCCAGGUUUAUACAGUAAAACCAUGACACCCAUUUAUGAUCCUGUCAGUGGCUCACCAGCUUCUUCAACAAUUACUUGGUUCAGUGACAGUUCCGCGACUGAGCAGAACUGCAGCAUCCUGGCCCUCAGUCACCCCACCUGUUCUCCGGAGACACUGGCGGAGAUGUACCAGCCACGGACUUUGGCUGACAAAGCCAAACUCAACGCAGGCUGGCUGGAUUCAUCUCGAUCGCUUAUGGAACAAGGUGUUCUGGAGGAAGAUCAACUUCUUCUACGCUUCAAAUAUUACACUUUCUUUGAUUUGAAUCCAAAAUACGAUGCAGUGCGAAUCAACCAAAUAUACGAACAAGCCCGCUGGGCCAUCCUGUUGGAGGAGAUCGAUUGCACGGAGGAGGAAAUGCUCAUCUUCGCUGCGCUACAGUAUCAUGUAAGCAAGUUAUCAUUAUCAUCAGAGACACACGAUUCCACCUGUGAAUCGGAAGUAGAUGAAGUAGAAGCUGCCCUUUCCAAUCUGGAAGUGACACUGGAAGGUGGAAACAAAAGUAACAUUUUGGAGGACAUCACAGACAUCCCGAAACUUGCUGAUAAUCUCAAGCUAGUUAGGCCCAAGAAGCUAGCACUCAAAGCUAUCAAGACAUAUUGGUUUGUCUUCAGAGACACUUCAGUAUCUUAUUUUAAAAACAAGGAAUCUGCACAGGGAGAACCUAUUGAGAAACUAAACCUAAAAGGAUGUGAAGUUGUACCAGAUGUAAAUGUUGCAGCAAAGAAGUUUGGAAUCAAAUUACUAAUUCCUGUUGCUGACGGCAUGAAUGAAGUAUAUUUAAGAUGUGAUAAUGAGGAUCAGUACGCUCGGUGGAUGGCUGCCUGUGUAUUAGCCUCCAAGGGCAGAACGAUGGCCGACAGCUCCUACCAGCCUGAGGUCCAAAAGAUCCUUUCGUUCCUACAGAUGAAGAACUGGACCAUGUGCUCCCAAACUGCCUCUGAGCCAGAGAAUGUAGAUAUGAAACCCGAAUGCUUCGUCUCACCACGCUAUACCAAAAAAUUCAAGUCCAAGCAGCUGACCGCUCGUAUUCUGGAAGCCCACCAAAAUGUAUCCCAGAUGUCCCUGGUGGAGGCCAAGCUGCGUUUUAUCCAAGCCUGGCAGUCCCUGCCUGAGUUUGGCUUAUCCUACUACAUCGUAAGGUUUAAGGGAAGCAAGAAGGAUGAUGUGCUUGGGGUGUCCUAUAACAGGCUGAUACGGAUAGAUAUGGCCACAGGAGAUCCUAUCACAACAUGGAGAUUCUCCAACAUGAAGCAGUGGAAUGUGAACUGGGAAAUCCGCCAGGUUGCCAUCGAGUUUGACCAGAAUGUGUCCAUCGCUUUCACGUGUCUGAGCGCAGACUGCAAAAUCAUCCAUGAGUAUAUUGGGGGCUACAUCUUCUUGUCAACGCGUUCCAAAGACCACAAUGAAACACUGGAUGAAGAACUCUUCCACAAAUUAACUGGAGGUCAGGAAUGAGAGGAAGUCUUCCCACUGCCUGCUGCUUCUUACAGCUAAGACUACCAGAGAUUAAACAACAAUAUCUCUGACUGUUAAUUGCUGGUUAGUAAUUAUUGUACGUGUCAAUUAAUCUUGUACUAUGACUGGGACUGUUGACAGUUUUUGUUAAAUACUGAAGCUAAGGUCACUGGAUGCAGUAUGGCAAUUCCAUCACCAAUACUUGAGGAAAAUUUAUUUGUCUUUGUUUUCUUUUUGUACAGCUCAAUGUUUUUAAAGAAACAGUGUCUAGCCACUGGGCAUUUUUUUAAUCUAGUAUUUUUAAUUGCAGCAGUCUGUUUAAGCAUCCAGGGCAUGUAACUUGAGGAUAUGGUACAGUGAAUUUUCUUCUCUGUUACAGCCAGGCAACUUCCAUUGUUAAACUGGCCAUUGUUAAACUGGCCAUUGUUUAUCAGAACUAGAGCUGAAUAAAUACAUAUUUUAAAGCUCCAUGGCUUGUCUAACACUUGCCCUGAGAACACAAAACAUUCCAAAUUCCUGAAGACUAAGCUAUCGAAACUCCUGUAGUGAUUACUCAGUUGUUCAAAAAUGUAGAACCCAUGUCGACCUUCACCCACUGAAGUGGUUCCUGAAAGCCAGAGAAGCUGCAGAGCAUUCAUCUUGGCAAACCUGGAUCCAAAACAUUCAUCUUUUGAGGAACAUUGUUACUUACCUGGUUGAAAAAUGGGCUUUAGAUACUAUGUAAAAUUAUUAAAGAGGCCUCUGAGUGUGAGCAUUUCUA